AUGCGACGCUUGGCAAACAUUCGAGCGUAUAAAUAUGCCGACAAAUUGCGACUAUUAAUCAUUCGACCCAUAGAUUCCAUCGAUAAUACAAUUAGCGUGGAGAUCUAUACUAAAAUGAAACUCUUCAUUGCGUGCAUGCUCAUUGCCGCAGCGACGGCUGCAGUGAUUCCUGUCGAACAAACCAGGCACCGUCGCGACAUCGCCGAGAUCAUGAAUGAGUAUCUCCCACCGAUGGCGGAGGAAGUUGGCGUCGAUGUACCUAAUGUGGACAUUAACCAAGACUCCACUGCUGUGGGAGAAGAUGGUUACCAAUACAAAACAGUUCGUCGAUUGAAGUAUCGCCAGCGUCGAGAUGUCUCCGAGAUUGUCAACGAUUACCUGCCCCCUUCCGAGGAACUUUCCACUGAAGCUCCAGUUGAAGAGGUCGCCCAGGAUUCCGCUGUUCUUGGUGAUGAUGGAUACCACUACAAGACAGUGCGCCGUCUUAAGUACCGUCAACGUCGUGAUGUGUCCGAGAUUGCCAACGAUUAUCUGCCUCCCUCUGAGGAAGUUGCCACUGAAGUUCCAGUUGAAGAAGUUGCCCAGGAUUCGGCAGUUCUUGGUGAUGAUGGAUACCAAUACAAAACAGUUCGUCGAUUGAAGUAUCGCCAGCGUCGAGAUGUCUCCGAGAUUGCCAACGAUUACCUGCCCCCUUCCGAGGAACUUUCCACUGAAGCUCCAGUUGAAGAGGUCGCCCAGGAUUCCGCUGUUCUUGGUGAUGAUGGAUACCAGUACAAGACAGUGCGCCGUCUUAAGUACCGUCAACGUCGUGAUGUGUCUGAGAUUGCCAACGAUUACCUGCCUCCCACUGAGGAAGUUGCCACUGAAGUUCCAGUUGAAGAAGUUGCCCAAGAUUCGGCUGUUCUUGGUGAUGAUGGAUACCAGUACAAGACAGUGCGCCGUCUUAAGUACCGUCAACGUCGUGAUGUGUCUGAGAUUGCUAACGAUUACCUGCCUCCCACUGAGGAAGUUGCCACUGAAGCUCCCAUUGAGGAAGUCGCCCAGGAUUCAGCAGUUCUUGGUGAUGAUGGAUACCAAUACAAAACAGUUCGUCGAUUGAAGUAUCGCCGGCGUCGAGAUGUCUCCGAGAUUGCCAAUGAAUACCUGCCUCCCUCAGAAGAAGUUUCUACUGAUGCUCCAGUUGAAGAGGUCGCGCAGGAUUCAGCUGUUCUUGGUGAUGAUGGAUACCAGUACAAAACAGUGCGCCGUCUUAAAUAUCGUCAACGUCGUGAUGUCUCCGAGAUUGCCAACGAUUACCUGCCUCCCACUGAGGAAGUUGCCACUGAAGCUCCCAUUGAAGAAGUCGCCCAGGAUUCGGCAGUUCUUGGUGAUGAUGGAUACCAGUACAAGACUGUUCGUCGAUUGAAAUACCGACAACGUCGUGAUGUAUCUGAGAUUGCCAAUGAAUAUCUGCCUCCCUCAGAAGAAGUUUCUACUGAUGCUCCAGUUGAAGAAGUCGUCCAGGAUUCCGCUGUUCUUGGUGAUGAUGGAUACCAGUACAAGACAGUGCGCCGUCUUAAGUACCGACAACGUCGUGAUGUCUCCGAGAUUGCCAACGAUUACCUGCCUCCCACUGAGGAAGUUGCCACUGAAGCUCCCAUUGAAGAAGUCGCCCAGGAUUCGGCAGUUCUUGGUGAUGAUGGAUACCAAUACAAAACAGUUCGUCGAUUGAAGUAUCGCCGGCGUCGAGAUGUCUCCGAGAUUGCCAAUGAAUACCUGCCUCCCUCAGAAGAAGUUUCUACUGAAGCUCCAGUUGAAGAGGUCGCCCAGGAUUCCGCUGUUCUUGGUGAUGAUGGAUACCAGUACAAUUUUAAAUUAUUUUAUUUUUUUUUUUCUCGAUUUUUAAAAAUUUUUUUUUCCCCUUUCGGGGAACUUUCCGCUGACCCUCCAGUUGAGGAACUUGCCCAGGACUCGGCUGUUCUUGGUGAACCAGUAAAGCGCCGUCUUAAGUACCGUCAACGUCGUGAUGUGUCUGAGAUUGCCAACGAUUAUCUGCCUCCCUCUGAGGAAGUUGCUCCUGAAACUCCCGUUAAGGAAAUUACGCAGGACUCGGCUGUUCUUGGUGACGAUGGAUACCAAUACAAGACUGUGCAUCGUCUGAAGCUGCGUCGUCGUCGUGCGCUGUAA